CGAGGUACGCAGAGCACGCGGAUCGAUCAGACCCUGCUGCAAGCAAAAUUGCAGUCAUCCCAGAUUGGUCCUUUAAGUCCACUUCAGCCCCAGAACGAAGAAGCAUCACACAACACUGAACGAAGGUGAGAUGUACUUGACGUGGAAGAACAAUGCUGAACAAGCCUGAACAAGCCUGAACAAGCCUGAACAAGCCUGCAUC